AUGGUCAAUGCGGUCUUGGCGUCGGUACUCUUCCGGAUCGGAUUACCCGUCGUUCUCCUAGCAGGUACAUUGCCUCGCUAUAAUAUCUUCUCCUUCUGCUACCUGCUACUGCUCUUGGUGUCACCGCUUCUGACUGGACCAUCCAGGGGAGAGCUGCUACCAGCACGGGCGAAGUUUUACCUCCUGACUGUGGUCAGCGUAUCCACUGUAUUUUGUGUAUCUCAUAUAGCCUACCAGAUAUACCUCCUAUCAACCAAUGCAUACUACGGCACGGAACCAAGGUAUUGUGGCUUGGAACAGAGACUCUUCACCCUAUUUGGACUCCACCGACUCAAUGGAAUUUCCGUUGUGAACUGCGCGAGGCUCCUCCUGACCGACUUCGCCGUACUGCUGCUGUCGGCCCUCGUCUACGUGCAAUGCGACAAACGGGAUCAAUUGCUCCUCAGAGAGAGCAAGGCUGCGCACUUCCCGCAUUUGAGAUCGGGGAGGCGAAGGUGUCCGCGGAAAUCCAUGACUUUAUUUCGCUUGGGAGAAGCUGUAGUCAUCCUUGCGCUGGCUGCCGCUGGAAUCUUGCAUGCGUCGAUAUUCUCGCUGGUGUAUUUUUUAGCUUUCCUCGGCGUGGCGACGUGGCUCGCUUGCUCUAAAUCGCUCGGCGUAGGUUACCGGAAUUUUCGAACGGCUCUCAUGAUUUUCGCCGCUUUCCAUAUCAUUGCCCUGUACAUCUAUCAAUUCGACUAUUCACAAGAAUUCAUGGAGCCCGACAGCCUCAAUGCCAGACUGGUAGGCUUCACUGCUCUCCGCAUGCCGGCGUGUAACUCUUCGUCGGAGGAAACCUUGAUCACCAACCACCGAGAUUUGGUUUUCCACGACCGCCACUGGUCACUUUUCGUACAUCCGAUCUCGGUUCUCGUCUUCUACGUUUCCGCAUGUACAAUGACACGCUACGCGUGUACCACAAAGGUGCUGGAUUUCGAGGCGAAGAAGUGUAAGACGAUGCCUCCCGUGCAGCGGAGCCUCGUCGAAGACGCUGCGGGAUGCCCCUCCCGAUACUCGCGUGCCGCCAGGGCCAAAAAAAGCGGCCAGGAUCAGACUCUUGUGGGGAGAAAGAGCCGGCACGCAAGGUAUUGCGCGGAAAUAUGGCGAUAUAUGUGUGCUUUCGUCCAGCUCUCCGUUUCGUUUCUGCUGAAGGGGAGCUAUGUGAUUACACUGAUCAUCAUGAUGGCUUGGAGUAUCACGUAUCACAGCUGGCUGACAUUUGUUCUGCUCUUAUGGUCGUGUCUCUUAUGGAUGAUGCCGAAUUCACGCCGAGCUUGUCUCAAGAGUUCGCCUGCCCUGGUCCUGUAUGCCGAAAUUCUACUCAUUUUCCAAUUCAUAUACUCGCUCGAUCUCACCGAUCAAGAGCUCCCGACACUCGUCGGAAACGUCAAUCUCAAUCAAGUUGGAUUCGUCAAGCACGGAAAUGCAGGCUAUAAACAUCUGUGGACGAAGAUUUUAUACACUGUGGGGUUUUGGGUGACCCUUCGACAACAUGUCAAACAGAAGCGGGAGAUGAAGCUUCGGACGCGAGGCGAGAUCCAUCGAGACACUCAUUUUGCGAAGACGCGGUCGAAGGUUCUCGUGAACACGGAUGUCCGCAUGAAAAAGCUCGGACACUUGUGGCGGAACAUUCUCGCUCGCGUAUGGAUCUGGGUGGUUGCCGUGAUGCUGCUCGUGAUUUCAUUGGGCGGUGAUCACGUAGUCCUCUAUCGGAUAGUAUACAUGGUCCUAUUCCUGUUCUUCAUCCUUCUGUACCAGUUUUCGCACUCGACCUGGGUCAACGUCAUGUAUGGUUUCCUCCUGACCGUUAUCAUAUAUUCGAUGUUGGUCUUGAUUUGCAUUUACACGUACCAGUUCGAGAACUUCGCUGGAUAUUGGGAAUCCUAUCUCGAUGUCUCGCUUGGAAUGCAGCAGGACAUCGGCCUGGAACUAUACGAUUCAGACCCGAGGUCUCUCCUGCUGAAAUUGUUGACUCCGACAAUAUUCCUGAUCGUGACCAUCAUUCAACUGCAUUACUUUCACGAUGAUUUCAUUCGCUUGGAAAAAGGUGGCCGACCCAUUCUCAGCGAAUAUUCAGUGACGAGUCCUGGGGCCGUCAUUCAGAUCGACGAGGCGACGGACGACGACACCGCGGAACCGCUGACACUGAUUACGAUAAGGGGCGGACGUGGCGCAAAGCAGAUGCGGUCUCGGCUUCCAAAGGGAAGCCUUGCUUCGAUUGACGCUCAAGCAACGGAGGCCAAGCUCACCGUUACCGCGGUGCUCGAGAAACUAAGACGAUGUCUCGGCGGAUUGGAGCGAGUCGUGUGGCGUCUUCUGGAAAUUCAUCUAACGAAAAUAAUUUUCCUCGCCGUAUUUCUGCUGUGCGUAUACGAUAUUUGCGCCGUGCACGUGAUCUACAUGGCUCUGGUGAUUAUAGCGCUCCCCGUACGGAGCCUCCACCAGUUCAUGGUGCAUUGCUGCUCGCUGUGGACGGCGAUUCUCCUCGUAUCGAAGAUGAUCUAUCAGUUGAAAUUCGUUGAUAGUAUCGGUUGGGAAACAAAGUGUGAGUUCGUCUACGGUCUGAACUCCACUGGACCUUACCCGUUCCCCUUCAACACAGCCAUCGACAACAGGGAAUGGAUUGGAUUCAUGAGAACGGACCAUUUGAUCAGCUACUGCAAGGGAUACAUCGCACUGAUCACGCUGUUCACACUGAAUGCCUUGGUGAAAACCCAUCAGAAUCGCGAUCGGCUCCUCCGAUCAGCUCCGGAGCUGCCCCUCGGAGUUGUUUGGCCCGGGGUGACUCGCAAAAUGGCCGACCGCGAUUUGUGCACUUGCUUGAAGUUCCUCAUCAAUUAUUCCUUCUUCAAAUUCGGCAUAGAAAUUUGUCUCGUGACCAUGGUCGGCUGCAUUGGAUUCCGCCUUGACGUCUUCGCCCUCAUAACGUGUCUCUGGCUCUGCUGCAUGUUCCCUCUGCGGAGGAGUAUUCUGGCGCGAAUAUGGCCUCUCUACACUGUCUACCUCUGUGUUGUCAUACCCCUCCAAUACCUAGUGGCUGUCGGUCUGCCUCCGGGCUUAUGUAUCGAAUAUCCGUGGUACCGAGAGAACGAAAGGAAAGAAAUCAUCGAAUGGCUAUUCCUCCCCGAUUACAGGAAUCGAGCGUCGCACCGAAAAAUUAUAGUCGAUUGUUUGCAAUUGAUAAUGUCAUGCUGUCAGCUUGCCGUAUUCAACAUCGAAGCAGCAGACGGUCCGGGUCACCCAGCUGGGAGCAAUAAGGAGAUAUACGAUUCGAAGGGCGACUACACGGGCGAACGGCCGAACCCCGUACCUCGAUUCAUCGGCGACCCCGGGCAUUUCAACCACAUCAAAACUGGAGUCUUGUUCCUCUUCUACUGGAUUACUUUGGCAGUGAUGUAUCUUGCGGGGACGAACCGGAUAUCGCUGUUUUCCCUGUUCUAUAUUUUGGGCUGCUUCUUUUUCCUUUGGACCGGGAACGAUUUCUACUUGAAGCCCAUCAAGACGCUUCUAAGUUGGUGGAACUCUCUCGUGGCCUUCAAUGUCACUGUCAUCCUCAUGAAAUGCGUUCUCCAGUUCGUUGGCUGCGUAUACCUCCAAGAAAUGGCUUAUAACGCCUGCUGGCUUGUGCAGCUGCUGGGCAUCGCUUGUCUCAGAAAAGUUCAUCCCAAGAAGACUUCGAUGUAUGACUCGAUUGUGGAUCAGUGCAACGUGCCCACCUCUGAAGCUGGCCUUCUGUGGGACGCCAUCUGUUUCGCUUUCCUUCUGCUGCAGAGACGGCUCUUCACAUCCUAUUAUUUUCAUCAUAUGAUCAUCGAGAUCUUGGCGCAACAAGAGCUGAGCUCGCGCGGGGCCGAGGUCAUACAUUUUCUUCAAAUGGAAAAAGUCAAACAGCAAAAGGAAGAGGAACACCAGACCAUGGAGAAAAUUCGCAUGAAGAUGGACCGCAUCAGAGACAACCAGCAGAAGCAGCGUGAAGGCGAAUACGUCGAGCCAGUGACUCAUAUGCAGGCUAUACGCUCCGGUCAUUAUGAUCUCUUCGAAGACGGGCUCGAACUGCAGGACUGGAACGUGACAUCCUCGAAAGAAGAAGCGCGCGACAAUGUCGACGGCAAGAGAGAGGUGAGGGAGGCUCCGGGUGCUGUUCGGGAUGGCGCUCAAUCGGGAACCGACGCAAGGGCUUCCACUGCGAGUGCGAUGAUGAACCUGGAUCUGAGUAUGCGGUCGAAAGAACUUCGGACGAAUCUCCGUUCCGAGACCUCGGCGCCAUCGCCACGACCGAUCGCUCCGGGAGUCGUCAUCGCGAGGGGAGCGGCUACACCAGCGGCAGCAGCUCAGGAACCCAUCCCGCUCAUCGGCCAGGCCCCGAGUCCGAUCGGGAACGUCGAGGGAAUCCAGCAGGAUUACGCGGGGAUCGCACAACGCUUUGCGGUCAGUAUGCUCGUCAGCGCCACUGCGGAGCUUCACGCUUUUUCGGGAGGUUUCCGUGAAGUAGCGAGGCUGCUGGACAAGGACAAAGAGAUUGUCAAGAAAAGAUAUCCCGAGGGGCUCGCGAUUCUCACCGAAGAAUAUCAGGAGAGUAGGCCGAAAACGCAAGUCAACAGGCCAACGAGUCCAGAAACCCUUGCCCAGGAGCUGCGGCUCAUCAUGAAAGACCUGGACGAGGGAGCCUCGGCAUUGUCCGCGGUCGGGCGUUACGCCCUAAUCGAGCAGUUCCUCGAUGCCUUGGUGUACGCGUUCUACGCCCGCACGGAGAUCGUCUGUUAUUUGGGCAUAGUCUACAAUCAGAUCUGCACAGCGACUCUACUCUCGCUGCCGUUGCCGCUGAUGGUAUUUCUUUGGGGCUCACUAUCCGUCCCGAGACCGUCGAAGACAUUUUGGAUCACGAUCAUCACCUACACGGAAGCAAUCGUGGUCGUGAAGUAUCUCUUCCAAUUCGAUUUCUUCAUGUGGGAAACGAGCUCCUCCAAGAACGCACUCGAUCCGCCGAGGAUGCUCGGGGUUGAAAAACGCAGCGAUGACCCGAACUAUGCGCUAUACGACCUCCUGCUGCUCUUCCUAGUUUUCCUGCAUCGGUUCGUUCUCAAGAGUCUUGGUCUGUGGAAAGACACAGAUCGAAGCUUCCGGGGAGCACCAUCGUCCCAGCCUCCGGUCAACGUUGGAAACAUUGACAACCACGACGCGAACCAGGAGCAGCUGACCCCGGGCUCGGGAAGCUUCGAAGAAGUCCCAGCUGUGGGACCGAUUCGUAUGAAACGUCACGACGAUACUUCUUCCGAAGAAGGUGAUGGAUUCCACGAAGACUGCGGGGAAGAUCAUGAAGAUGAAGAUUACGAUGACCUCGCAAAGGCCGAGUCGAAGUCUCUGUGGAAAAGCAUACAAUAUUAUUUAUCACCAUUCAAGUCCUUCUUCAAAAAUCUUCUGCAUCCGCCGUACCAAGUAGCCGUGGACGUUUACGCCUGGAUGUUCUUCUGUGAUUUCUUCAACUUUUUCGUGAUGGUCUUCGGAUACUGGGCCUUCGGUACCAACGGAAAGGAGGAGGGAGUAUCGGAAUACUUCGAGAAAAACGAGGUUCCGAUACCGUUUCUCUUCAUGUUGCUAUUCCAAUUCGCCCUGAUCGUCAUCGAUCGCGCUCUAUACCUGAGGAAGUUCAUUGGCGGAAAAUUGAUAUUCCAUCAUCUCAUCGUAGUCAUCAUCCACGUAUGGAUGUUCUUUUUGCUGCCCGCCAUUAGUCAGGUCGGCGUCACAGAGAAGCACAAUAUGCCCCCGAGAUUGUGGUAUUUCACAAAAUGUAUCUACCUCCUCCUGUCUGCUUAUCAAAUCAGAUGCGGAUACCCGUCGAGGAUCCUCGGAAACUUUUUCACAAAACAGUACAAUUACUUGAACUAUUUCCUCUUCAAGUGCUACUUGUUGGUUCCGUUCUUCUAUGAGCUGCGUGGUUUAAUGGACUGGAUAUGGACCGACACCACCAUGACCCUGGUCAAUUGGUUCAAGAUGGAAGACAUUUUCGCCAGUAUAUUCCAGUUGAAGUGCCAACGUCGCGCCGAAGCAGACUACCCGAACGCUCGGGGCGAGAAGCGGUCUUCGCUCGUCAAGUACGGCAUGGGCGGAACCUUGUUAUUCCUGAUAAUUCUCAUCAUAUGGUUCCCUCUCUUGCUCUUCUCUCUUGGCAACACCGUUGGCGUAUCUCUGCCGCCGGACGAAUGCCGGAUGCAAGUGAGCAUCGGAGGCUACGAGCCGCUGCUCAUGAUCUCGGCGCGAGAUAGCCAUGUUCAUCAGAUACCCACGUCCGCUUUCGACGCUCUCAACCGCAUAGCGAAAACUCACGCAAAAGCUAAAAACUUCCUCGAGAACUACGCUCAAUCCGACGUGGUCGUGGUCAUGCUCAACGGGAACUCGACAGCGAUCUGGGGCAUAUCGCCCCCGUCGCAAGAACAAUUACGGAGGGACUUGCUCAACACGACGACGAAGCUCGAGCUUUCAAUGAAGAUCACCUUCUUCAGAGAGUCCAAAGAUUCGAAAACUAACCCGAAGUCUACAGUGGAGGUGCGCGAAUUUCUCGUUGACAAGGGUGCCCGAGAUCAGAUGGCGGCAAUGUUAGCUGACAGCCCUUUGAGGGAGAACGGCGAUCCAAGAGAAGUGAUUCUGCCCGAGCUCCUACCCACCUUCAUCAGGGUCCCGAGGAGAGGUGCCGCCGAAAAAGCUUCAGAACUGAACGACCUGACUCUCGAACGAGAGACCAAUCCGAGUGAGUCUGGCCUACGAAAUUUGAGCAUAAAAUUGUGGCACAGUAAACUGAAGUCGACGGUACAAGGUGAAUGGUGGGAAGUUAAAGCUGAGCCUUGCACGAAGGAUGGUCCUUAUCCUUACCUACCGUAUCCGGACGUGUGCCGGUACUUGACGGUUGUCGUCUUCGUUGACAAAGUUUUCCCGCGGUCGUUAUCAAAAUUCUCAUCUUACGGAAUUGUCGGACUGUAUACCACUUUCGUGCUGUUGGUCUCUCGUUUUCUCCGGGGUUUCGUCGGGAACACAUCAGCGAAAAUUAUAUUCGACGACAUGCCCAACGUCGAUCGUAUCCUACAGCUUUGCAUGGACAUUUACCUUGUGCGAGAAUCUAGAGAACUUGCGCUCGAAGAAGACCUCUUCGCGAAACUCGUUUUCCUAUAUCGGUCACCGGAAAUUCUCAUUAAGUGGACUCGUAUGACGCGUCAACCAUCAAGUCCAUCGCAGAAGCGACGAGACGGGGGACCGCUGAGAACCGAAGAAGCAGCGAUCAUGAUGAUGGAUGGAGCUAGUCAUAUGUAUUGUAUAUAUAUCGGAUGA